UUCCCAGAAAGAAAACAUGUCCACCGCAGAAACUCACGUGCUGGCCUACCCCUUCCCUUCUUCGGGUCACGUGAUCCCCCUCUUGGAUCUCACCAAAGCCCUUCUCUCCCGCGGCGUCCAAGUCACGCUUCUCAUCACGCCCAACAACCAACCCUUACUCCCAACCAACUUCCCUCCCAACCUCCACACCCUUAUCCUCCCCGAACCUCUCUUCCCCAACCCAAACCAAAACAGGCUCGUCGCCAUCGUCACUUUCAUGCGACAACACCACUACCCCAUUAUACUAGACUGGGCCCAGGCCCAGGCCCAGGCCACUCCCCCUUCCGCCAUCCUCUCCGACUUCUUCCUCGGCUGGACCCACCUCCUCGCACGUGACCUCCACGUGCCCCGUCUCGUCUUCUCCCCCUCGGGAGCCUUCGCGCUCUCCGUCGUAUACUCCCUCUGGCGCGACCUUCCGCGAAACGACACCCCGCAAGGCCCAAACGCCGUCGUUUCAUUCCCCAACCUUCCCAAUUCCCCGGUUUUCCACUGGCACCAGUUAACCCUCCAGUUCACCAAACCCGAGAGAGGUGGCCCCGAAUGGGAGUUUCACAGAGAGAACAUACUUCUCAACAUCGACUCGCACGGCGUCGUUUUCAACUCCUUCAAUGACUUGGAACGGGUUUACCUCGACCACAUGAAGAAGGAACUCCGCCACGAAAGAGUCUGGGCCGUGGGCCCGGUUCUGCCGCUUUCCCCAUUACCCGAGGAACGAGGCGGGUCCAGCACCGUUUCGCGACACGACAUCAUGGGGUUUCUCGACUCGCGAGAAGACGGUUCGGUUGUUUACGUUUGCUUCGGGAGCCGCACUUUUCUGACGAGUCAUCAAAUGGAGGUGCUGACACGCGCGCUGGAGCUGAGUGGGGCGAGUUUCGUGUUAUCGGUGGGGGUUGCGAAGGCGAAGGAGCACGGUAAGGUGCCGUGUGGGUUUGUGGAUCGGGUGGGGGUGCGGGGGAGGGGGUUUCUGAUAGAGGGGUGGGCCCCGCAGUUGGAGAUACUGGGUCAUCGUUCGGUGGGGGCGUUUUUGACUCACUGUGGGUGGAACUCGGUGUUGGAGGGGCUGGUCUCGGGGGUGGUGAUGCUGACGUGGCCGAUGGGUGCGGAUCAGUAUACGAAUGCGAAGCUUCUGGUGGAGGAGCUGGGUGUGGCGGUUGGGGCGGCGGAGGGGGAGGAGAAGGUGCCGGAGGCGGAGGAGUUAGCGAAGAGGAUCGAGAGGGCGUUGGGGAGGUCGACGAAGGAGAGGGUGAGAGCGGAAGAGUUGAGAAACGCUGCGUUGCGUGCGGUUGGAGAGGGUGGGAGCUCGCAGAAGGAGUUGGAUGCGAUGGUGAAGGUUCUCGGUGAAGUUAAACAUGAGGGAGAUGCCACUUGAAGAAAACUAGUUUUUGUUGUUGUCAUUGGUUUUUUUUUGGAGUCUUUUGAUCGUGUUUGCGGAGUCUGUUUCUUUAACCUUGUUAUUGGUAAAUCAGUUUUUUUUUUUUUUUAAGACUAACUUCUUCCGUCAGAAGAUUUAGUGAUUAUUUUUAGUCAAGUUUGUUUUCUGAAGCACGGGUUUAUAUAAAUAUAAGACUCGAGUGAUUACUUACGUAAGUAUUGUUUGUGGCCCGGUAUGAAAAGGGGGUUGUUGUAUUAAUAUUCAUGUUUAUCCGUUUUCACACUUUUGGAAGAAAUUAAGGAGAAAACAAUUAGUUAUUGGA